GCUACGAAUAAAAACCAAAUAUUAAUAAAAAUGUGAAGAUCGUGAUGUGGUGGCGCUGCUGCACCGAGAAGCUGAAAUAGCGCAAGAUCGUGUACGUCAACGGCCAUAUUGAAAAAUAUCAAAGCUAUUGAGUGCAUUUUGGAGACUUUUAAGUAAAAAAUUGUGAAAAACUACACAACACGUUUACUGUCUUAAUCGGCGUGCUUCUGGAUUAUUUAAGCACUAAAUUUAAUUAUUCUUCAGUAGGCGGGACUUCCCCGCUAAAAAUGAACAAGGUCGAUGACCGAGGACCAACAUCCCCGGGCUCGUCACGACACUACAUCAACACAUUCAUUUGUGCUGCACCACCAAGUCCGGAGGAGCCCGUAACAUUGGUCGAGCUAACUAGUGUGCCCGGUGGACAGAAUGCGAUGGCCCAUCUCAAAAAACGUAAGCUGGAAGCUGAAUCAGCAGCUGCAGCAAGCCAACAGCAGCAUUCAAAACCGAAGCAGCAGCAGUUUACUGGGCUGAAUAACAUAAGCUUGAAAAAGACUCAGGAUAUGGAAAAUUCUGUGGAUGCGCAGCAGCAACAGAUCAGUGCGAACAAACGACGACGAAAAAGUGUGCGUGACGAUCAAAAAUCGGUUGAUGAGGCUAAACAGAACAUAGCCCUGCCCCAAAAGAAACGUGUAUUCAACGCUUCCAACAGUCCAGCGCGUAAAGCCACCAAAAAUAACAGCGAAGAGCCCGAAGACGACGAAACUCUUAUCCGUGAGACAGAAGCAGCUUUGAAGAGUCUGUCCGGUAGCUGGGCCCCAGCACCCCGUGGCUCAUUCUACCAACGUGGCAAUUCCGACGAAGACAAGUACGAGUCGAAUUUCGAAAAUUUAUUCGAAGAGAAAAAAGACGGUACCAAAAUGUCGCCAUCGUCAAUAUCGCAGUCGUCAACGACGAGUAACGAGACCGGCUGCUCGCUCAAAGACGUCAUAACACUACGUGGACAGCCAGACAGAAAUACAAAGUAUCAACAGCAGCAACCAAACAGUAAUUAUAAAAUUUUGAACGGUGGAAAGAUGAAAAAAGAAGAUGAUACCAGCUGCGGUAUGCUCGGUCCCGAUGAAAUGACUAAACGAUUAGCAGGCAGUAGUAGGGCAGUCUCCAAGUACGCCCGUUAUGAUGCGUCGGACUUCAACGAUGGGCUCGCGGACGAGUCAUCGAACGAACUUGAAAUCGACAUGUCCGACUCGUUGGCCAGCAAAGGCGAACAAGAUCAAAAUAAGGAUGACGCCUUGGCGAAUAAUAAGCAGACGCUGCAGCAAAGUAUCUACUCUGGCUACCAAAGACCUUACAGUGACGGAUUGAAGGUAAACUCAACAUCACCUACCUCCUCGUUCUCAGUUACAUCUGCGUUCCGACCUCCGAACAUGGACCACAACAAAUCAGCCUGUCGGCCUCUGGGAUCGACGGGCUCGAUACCGCCCAUAGGUCCGUUCCCGGCAUCAGCUACCUUCGUCGGAUAUCCUACUCCCGGUCCAACGAUGCCGAUGCCGCAGCCGGUACCGGGUAUGUCACCGCCCGUCGAUGAGAAGCACUCGUCGAUUUUACAAUUAAAAUCACCGAAAGAAGAGGCCACGUCUCCAUCGCAACGGCCAAGCGAUGUUCCCGUCGCAGUUGGCUCGAGUACCAGCAAAAGCUUAUCGUCGAUCGGCAGCCCCGACGCUAACUCGAAGCAAUACACGAUCCUGCAACCGGCGGGCUUGGGCUCACGAGCGGCCAGCGCCAUACAGGAUAUAGCUCGAGAAAAUGUUCUCAGCGUCACUGCUAUUACCAAUAACAGCGGGACUGGUGGCGGCGUCGUCAGUAAUACCGCUGGUAGCACAGCUACCGGUACCAGCAACAAAUCACCCAGCAGUACCAAUUCCGUGGCGAGCAGCAACCUUCCUAAUGUAUUGAAUAACGUUGCAAGUAACAACAAUAAUAGCAUCAAUAAUAGUAUCAAUAACAGCAUGUCGAAUAUGUCACCUGUAAAUACAGCGUCGAAUCCAUCAGUUAUGAUUCCGAUGCCCAUUACUACAGCAAAUGAUCAACAAGAUGGGCCAAUGAAAAUCAGUGAUAGAUUGAGUUCUUUCGACGCUAACCGACCUACUAUGUCCAUGUCCCCUACGAGUUUGAGUAGGGAAGGAAACAAGUGCCCAACUCCUGGUUGCACCGGACAGGGUCACGUGACUGGACUUUAUUCUCACCACCGCAGUUUAUCGGGAUGCCCACGCAAAGAUAAGCUAACACCUGAACUUCUGGCGAUGCAUGAGACUAUUUUGAAAUGUCCAACUCCUGGCUGCAACGGUCGAGGCCAUGUCAGUUCGAAUCGAAAUACUCACAGGAGUUUAUCUGGAUGCCCCAUUGCCGCAGCCAAUAAACAAGCUGCUCGCGAGGCAAGACACAGAGUCCAAGUAACAGGGCUAGGUCCAGAGUAUAUCAGCGUGAAUCUUCUAGCCAAUUCGAUCGAUGGGAAAAUUUAUUCACAAUACGCCACGUCAACGCAGCUGCAAGAUACAAAGUCCAUCGUUUCUUCGCCAACUUAUGACUAUUACUCCUCGACCAAAAAUUCUAGCUUGAACUUGAAGCCAACGAAAACUCCUGAAGAUAAUAACACGUUACGUAAUAGCAACAACAACAACAAAAGCAUUGUCAUUAAAUCCGAAAGUAACUGCUGUAAUCCGUCGGGUAUUCAAGCUCGGCAAAGCGCGCCACAAGACCCAUUGCUGGUUCCAAAAAGCGAAGAUCCCAGCAGCUGUCGAGUAGGUCAGAACUCCCCAGCGCCACCGCCUCCACCAAGGCCAGCUUACGACUCGUAUCUGAACAGCCAAGACUCGAACUCUUCGUCACUAUCGUCGAUGGAAGCGAUGAGCGCUUCGAGAAACGGUGGCUCGUUGGGUGUGACGAUGCACCACUCGAACCAACAGCCGCAACACCCGUCAGCCCAUCACGGCCUCCCCAUGCAGCCCGCGGUAACAUAUCCGAUGUCAAGCAUGGCCACCGGCGGCGUAGACGACUCGCGCAUGAGUCACCAAAUGGCUCAGCGCUCUUCUUACGAGUCGUCGAUGAUGGCCGCGGCGGUGGCCGCCGCAGCGUCGAACGGCACCGAUGACAUUUACGCUCAGCACCAACGUUCCGCUGCUGAGCACGCCCGCGUCGGUGCUUACAUGCAGCACCCGGGCACGGCCAAUAUCGCUCGACCAGUGGUCACCUACUCGAACGAGAUCACCGCUGCGCGAGGCUACGAUAACACGGCCAACACGGCCAAUCACCGACCUUACGAUCCUGGCACCGCGACGGCUUACGACCGUUACGAUUCGCAAGCAUGCGCGCCCCUGCAACCGCAACCCCAGCAACAGCAACAACAGCUGCACGCGGUCAGGUCUGCUAACAUGUAUUAUUUGGGACAGGCAGGUAUGACAACAGAAGAGCAGGAAAGGGCGUAUCACCAGGAGGCUGCCGUUGUGGCUCAACAGCACCAGAUGGCCAUGGCAGCAGCGAGUGUGGCCAGCAUGAUGAAGUCCGAAGAUGCGAAAUGCGUGACGACGACUCAAGUACUAAUGCAAAAGCCAAACGGACCGUCAACAUCGCCUGGGGGAUCAGUCAUGGAUUUAUCUACGUCAAGCGUUACCUCGACUAGUCCCCAAGUACCACCCUACGGAUCAAAUAGUCUCAGCCCACAAUACGGAGGUGGGCAAACAGUCGGUGGUAGUCCUCAAGCAGCAGCUAGCCCUCACCUCACGGCAAGCCCCCAAGUACCUAGUCCCCAAGGUCAGACUCUCGACCUCAGCGUAAAUAGACUGCAUAGUGGUGCACCCAGUCCUCAGUACUCAACGGCACAUGGUGAUGGCGUUCAAGUUUCUGUAGGGCCAGGAUUCACAGCGCCAAGACCUAUUGAAGAGCAGACGGAACCUGUUGACUUUUCUACGGCAAAUGAGCCAGUAAAUUUCAGUGGUGGUAUCAGGCCAGUACCUGGAUUCCCGCCUCCGGGGGUUCAUGCUGCAGCUUACAGCAGGGAAAGCACACCGGACAGUGGUGCUUCGCAUUACAUGGAUGCAUACAGAGAUCCCACGGCUGGUUACGGGCCUAUGAGUCCACAUCCAGGAUAUGGAAUGUCUAGCGUUCAAGCGGAAUAUCCGGGCAACACGUACACGCCGUAUCCCACAGCUGGUUAUCAAUGUGGUGGAACUUAUCCUGGUGGUCCUGUAACCUCGAGUUAUCAAAUUCCGGCUGGCUACUCACCUGCACCGUGUUACAGUAUGCCACCACCGCAACAUACAAUUGGACCUCUCGAUAAAAGUGCUGGAAAAGAUGACAGGUACGCCGAAGAACUUCUUUCCGGUUGUCCGCGAUCCGAUCGUUCCCAAAUCCAAGCACAUUCACAAGAGCUGAAAUGUCCAACUCCAGGCUGUGACGGCUCGGGGCACGUAACUGGCAACUAUUCGUCCCAUCGAAGCCUAUCAGGCUGCCCUAGAGCCAAUAAGCCCAAGAGCAAACCACGAGAUGGUCAGGAUUCCGAACCAUUGAGAUGUCCUAUUCCUGGAUGUGACGGUUCUGGUCACGCUACAGGCAAAUUUUUGUCGCAUCGCAGCGCUUCUGGCUGCCCCAUAGCAAAUCGCAACAAGAUGAGGGUCCUCGAGUCCGGUGGCACUGUGGAGCAGCAUAAAGCCGCAGUGGCUGCGGCUACUGCCAUGAAAUUUGAAGGUGUCAAUUGCCCAACGCCAGGUUGUGAUGGCAUAGGUCACAUCAAUGGAUCUUUUUCCACGCAUAGAUCACUCUCCGGUUGCCCGAUUGCGGGUCACUCAGUCAAGAAACCCAAAUUUGAAGAUAUGUCGGCCAUGUAUAGUAAGGGCAUUACAGGUAUCGAGUCGAGCAGCCUCAACGGUCCAGCAGUACCAUCUAAUGCCUGUCUAACGACUCUUGGGCCUUCCCCAGCGUCGGGCAAUAAUGCUAUAGUAACGACAACGCCAACGCCUGGAAAUGCAACUGGUGGUGAGGAUCUCUACACACUGGAAGCCGAGAUUUCUGAGCUACAGCGCGAAAAUGCACGGGUCGAAUCUCAGGUUUUACGACUGCGCUCUGACAUCACAGCUAUGGAGAAUCAACUAAAACACGGCGAGAAGGACAACUCCUCACUGCAGCAGCGUAAUAACAAUCUAACGGAUUAUUAUCAAUCUCUGCGCGAUAACAUGAUCACACUGCUAGAACACGUGCGUAUACCAAAUUCGGCUGGAACAGGUAGCCAUGUAACUGCAGGAAUUACCAAUGCUGCUCCUGAAAAGAUACUGGGACACCACGAGAACCUCGACAGUUAUCUGACUAAGCUGCAGACGCUGUGCACGAGCUCGGAUGGUUACUGUGGCGCCUCAGCGAACGACGAGCCACUACACCAUCAGCGGCCGAUGUACGAUACCGUCAAGACUGCUCUGCAAGAUUUCACGGUGCUGCCGACACCCAUCUGAGACUAUCCACAUCAGAGCCUCUUCCGAAGAAACGACUAUGCUUAAUCACACAGGCUGACCGAAGAUCAAGCUCAAUCCAGUUUCUACCAUUACUGCGACUGGAUUAUUGAUAUUUUUGUUAUAUUCCAUUUUUGAAUGUGAUUUUAUCGUCAAGAUUGUCUUGUCUUAUAUUUAUUUUAUCUAAUAAGCAGAUGAUAAUAUGAAAUAAAUAUCAGUUCAAUUUUCAAUUUUCAAGAGCCAUUUGAUGAAAAUCAAAGAGAAGCAUGUCAAGCAUUCAAUGCGUUAACAAUAAGUCCGCAGAAAAUAUCGCUCAAGUAGCGUUGGUUAUAGUCAGAAAGAUGUCUCAUACUUAAGCAGCGGUAGUGGCAGUACAUGGCAGUAGUACUCAGUACAGAAUCAAAUAAAUUGAGUCUUCGUAUUUACGCCUGCUCAGAUGCAUAUUUUUCGAGUGACCUCGAUUGCGUCGUUCAGGUUUUGUGAGUGAAUUGUCGUACCAUGAUGAAACAUCAUAAAUAGUUUCGAUUCAACAAAAGCUCUAGCACAUAAAUGAAUGCAUGUCUCACACGUAUUCUUAAAAUUUAAUUGCAGUAGUGAGACUUUUAUUGCUAUGAGAUAUGUACCAAAAAAUACAACGCGCAAAAUAUUAGUCUAAUUAUUUGUUUUGUACAUAUAAUAAUGGUUUUCAUAAGUCAAGAAUCACGACUUCGAAAAUAUACUUACUUGUAAAUAAAAAACAUAAUGACAUAUAUAUGAAUGAGCUAAGCAUUUUCUGUAUUACUAUAAAAAUACAUACCUUACAUUUGGCUGAAAAAUAUUAUUAGGUAUAUGUAAAAUAUCUGUCAAAUGAAUUAAAUAGAAAAAUAUACGAAACGGUUAUACACACUUGAUAUAAAAUACAUGUAAAAAGUAUACGCACAUUUAUCAGGCUUCUAUUAUAUUCUAGCUUUACAUCAGUUUUUAUUUCAAUUUCUUGAAAACGAUUGGGUCAAAUACGAAUUUAUGCGUAAACAUUUAAUGGAAAGAAAAAUUUUGAUUAAAGAACGACGAUGUGUGCAUAAUUAGUUAUGCUGAUAUCAAUGGUCAGCGAGCUUUCAGGCGUGAGAAAAAAGUUUUUAAAUCUUUUUUUUCAAUCAUAGUUAUUAAAUAUAUUGUAAAGUAAAUAAAUACAGUAGUAAUACUAAAUAAUUGAGUAACAUCAACGAGAGAUGCUAAUCUGAAUGCUCAUUGUUAAAAUUAUUUUCAUAUCAAAUUAAUUAUGAUUAGGUAAACAUUUUGUGAAUUAUUCAAAGCACGAUGCUACAUGUAAUUUCAGAUCAUUUUAAUAAUUUUUUCAUUCCCUAUGCUGGGCUUGCAAAGAAUAAUUGACAAAAUGAUCAUUGGCUGGAAAAAAUUAGUUCUUGUUACUCGUCAAAUUUGACAAAUAUUUUAGCAAAAUCGGCCAAUCGCUGUUUGUAAAAAAGUAGUCGAGCGCAUAAAUAUUACAAAGAAGAUACAAUGAUAAAUAUAUCGCGGUUAUAUUUUGUAGGGCUGUUAUUUUUUACUUAACAGUUAUUUAUUACUAAGCAGAAAAUAUGUUAAUUAGUUUCGAAUUAAAUUUUAUAUUUUCAUUAUAGUUUUGUGAUUGCUCUUUUUAAGUAUUUAUUUUAUAUA